AUGUUCACAGAUGAUUUAGAUGUGGGGUUGGAAAAAUACCCUACUGCCUACGUCCGGGGGGUCAUUGAAGGGGUGGAAGCGUCAGUGUUGGUUGACUCUGGGGCUUCUGUGUCUUUAAUUAGUUCCGAUUUCCGUAUGGCGGUUCCCACACUGCGCGGACGGCCAUUGAAGAAGGACUUUAUUGGCUCACGGGCAGUAAAUGGACAGACACUAGACACACUGGGCACUGUAGACGUGUCUCUUCACUUGGGCCGGGCCUCUUGGCGGCACACUUUUCAUGUGCUGAGGGAGUCUACUCAGGCGGUCCUAUUGGGGUUGGACUUUCUGGCAGUGAACAGGGCGUUGCUCGACCUGGGGCGGGGGGUUUUGGAGAUCGGUGAUACGUGCCUCCCCUUGCUUUACCAGGCUCAGCUUGUCCCUGAGUGCUGCAAUGUAUCUCUGGCCGAUGGUGUGAUUAUACCUCCCUUAAGUGAGGCUUUGGUGCCAGUUCAUGUGCGUCCACCGGGUGGUGCUAACAGGCCAGUAACUGACUUUGAGGGCUACUUGGAACCAAAUGUCCCUGAUUCGGCUGGUUUAGUCGUAGCUCAUACCGUGGCUAAUGUGAAGAAUGGGGUUACUGUUGCGCGUGUUCUCAAUCCCUCUGGGAAAGCAGUGGAGCUCAAGCAAGGGCUGCACAUAGGGGAAUUUUAUCCUAUUCACGAGGUUGGUGCACCAUCGGUGGUGCCCACUUCACAUAAAUCUUCUGUCCCGUGUAUGGUCACAGACUCUCCAGUCAACGAGCGACAGAGGGCUGAAUUACAGGAGCUUUUGAGUCUUUUUAGUAACGUGUUUAGUACCCCAGAUGGGAACACUGGGAAGUGCUCUUUAAUCCAACACCACAUUCGCACUGGUGAUAACCCCCCAAUUAAGCAGCGGGCAUAUCGGACGUCUCCUGAGAAAAGGGCAGAGAUUGAGCGUCAGGUGGGUCAGCUACUGGCAGAUGGCCUGGUGGAGGAGAGCUUCAGUCCCUGGGCCUCACCAGUCGUGCUCGUCAAGAAAAAAGGGGGUCAGUGGAGGUUCUGUAUCGAUUACCGCCGUCUUAAUGCAGUUACAAUUAAAGAUUCGCACCCGCUGCCGCGUGUGGACGACAGCUUGGAUGCGCUGGCCGGGUCAAUGUGGUUCAGCACAUUGGACUUUUCGAACGGAUACUGGCAGGUGGAAGUUGCCGAGGAGGAUCGUGAAAAGACCGUCUUCACGACCGUUUACACCGAUGCGUCAAAGGACGCUGUUGGGGCGGUACUGGCGCAGGAGAAUGACGGUUUGGAACAUGUAGUGGCCUACGCCAGUCAAGCCCUCACUCACACCCAGAAACGCUGGUCCACCUUUGACCGUGAACUGUGGGCGGUUGUCUGGGCUGCCUUCGUGGCAUGUCCAUUGACAAUGACCCUACUGGUAAACGGGGGGCGGUGGAUCCUGGAGUUGGAUCCCUUUAAUUGGGCCAUCAUCCACAAGGACGGAUCACGGCAUUUGAAUGCGGAUGCGUUGUCCCGCCGCCCUGCUGAGGCCACAGCUCCUGCCAUUGACUGUGUGAAUGUGAUUGAUGUUGGGGGGGCGAAUAGUCAUGACCAGGUUAGGGAGUCGUUACCCUCCUCUCCAGUGUACUCUCUCUGCUGUGAUGAGGCCAGGUUGCGGUCCCUGCAGCAGGAUGACCCAGACAUCAGGGUAGUGCUCGGGUGGUUAGAGAGGGGAGUAGAUAGGCCACCUCGUUGGGAAGUUAAGGGGUCUUCUCUCUGUCUCCGGAAAUUGUGGGCUGAAUUUGGUCGCCUCUCUAUCAAUGAGGGACUACUGUGUAGGACAGAUAGCCCCACAGUCUCCGGCCUGGAGCGGUUGCAGGUUGUCAUCCCGUCCUCUCUGGUCCCUGAUCUACUCCAGCAUCUUCACGGGGGGCCGGCUGCUGCGCACUUCUCUGUGGAUCGGGUCUGGGAGAAGGCGAGGCAGUCUUGCUACUGGCCUUUUAUGCUUAGAGACAUAAGACAGUGGUGUGAGCAGUGUAGGGCUUGUCAGACUCGCAGGUCGCCUAUUCCUAAGCCUAGGGCGCCCAUGGGGGUUAUGCAGGUGUGUCGUCCUCUGCAGCGUGUGGCGGCUGACAUUUUAGAGCUACCUGUAACCUCUCGGGGAAAUAGCACUAAGUUUUCUCCCUUUUAUCUGAUGCAUGGCCGCGAGGCCCGGGUCCCAGCAGAUGUUCUUGUAUCUAACCCUGUGUUCAACUCUGUGGGGGCGGGAUCUGUGUCUGACUAUGGAGAUAUGUUAGUUAAAAGGUUGGAGUUUGCAUUUGGUGCAGCCAGGCUUCAUGCAUUGGAGGCCUCUGAGAGACAAAAACUUUACCAUGACCAGACAGUGUGUCAUCGGCCGUACGGUGUUGGAGCGUUGGUGUGGCUGAACAAUCCGACGGAGAGCCGCACUAAAUUAGCGCCGCAUUGGAGGGGCCCGUACCAGGUGGUGCAGGUAUUCUCGUCAGGGGGUGAACCGGCACUGACCUAUGACAUCAUUAAUCCGCUGGAUACUCAGGAGCGGAGUCAGGUGGUUCAUCAUGACAGACUCAAACCAUACACUCUGCCGCUCCCUGCUCGGCCCCCUGCUAGUCGGGUUGUCGCAUUGGACCCUUUCUUGCAUGGAGGGGAGGCAAGUUUGGAGCCAGCGCUGGCCAAGCCGCAGCAGUCUCGGUCGGGACGUCUUGUUAAAGCCCCUUCACACCUCAAGGACUUUGUAGUUUGA